AUGAGAAAGUGGUUCAUUAAUGUGCGAACUUUAAACAGAUAUAACAAACUGUGUGUGUUAGAACAAAGAAAGAGGCGUUUUCCAGUCCGAUGUACCAGUAGCAUUGUUAUAAAUUCAGUCGAUGAUAAAUCAAUAAGCUACAGAUAUUUCCAUACAACAUAUGUAAAAAACAAAAUUGUUGCAUUUAAAUUAUCCGACAUUGGCGAGGGAAUAAGAGAAGUUGUCGUCAAAGAAUGGUUUGUCAAAGUAGGAGAUAAGGUACAGCAAUUUGAUAACAUUUGUGAAGUGCAGAGCGAUAAAGCAGCUGUAACUAUCACAAGUCGAUACGAUGGUAUUGUUACUCGACUUUACCAUGAAGUUGACCAAACUGCGCUGGUUGGCCAUCCUCUAGUAGAUAUCGAUGUUGAAAAUGGAUCGGAUGAAGAAGACUCAUCAGAUUCUGACACAGAAGUAAGCAACGAAUCCCCUAAACCAGAAAAUCAAGCAAAUCAAAGGGUAAAAGUAUUAACUACUCCCGCAGUUAGAAGAAUUGCAGCUCAAUUUAAAGUAGACUUAAGCACAAUUAAUCCAACGGGAAGAAACGGCAGAAUUCUCAAAGAAGACGUUUUGUCGCAUCUCAAUAUGACAGCCGAUAAAUCCAAUGAAAUUCCAGAUAUGACGACCAUACAAGCUAUAUCGAUGCCAGUAUCUAUGGCACAAGCAAGAAUAGAAGUCGUCAUGGAGGAUAAAAUAGUACCUGUUACUGGAUUUACUAAAGCCAUGGUAAAAUCCAUGACAGAAGCAAUGAAAAUUCCUCAUUUUGGAUUUAGCGACGAAUACAAUGUCACAAAAUUAGUACAAUCCAGAGAGAGUUUGAAGACUAUAGCGCAAGAGAAAGGAGUUAAAUUAACGUAUAUGCCGAUCAUUAUAAAGGCCUCAUCAUUAGCCCUCACUGCUCAUCCUGUACUUAACAGCAGCCUUGACAGUUCCUGCGAAAAUCUUAUAUAUAAAGCUAAACAUAAUAUUGGUGUCGCAAUGGAUACGCCUAACGGUUUAGUAGUUCCAGUGAUAAAAAAUGUGCAGCAAAAAAGUAUACUUGAGAUAGCAAGAGAGCUCAACAUUUUACAAGAAAAAGGUCUAAAGGGACAACUUGGUCUCAACGACAUAUCAGGAGGAACUUUUACUCUAUCAAACAUAGGCAUUGUUGGUGGAACUUAUGCGAAACCGGUAAUACUUCCACCACAGGUCGCAAUAGGCGCACUUGGAAAAAUUCAGGUACUACCUAGAUUUAACUCUCAAGGUGACGUAGUGAAGGCUUAUAUUCUUACAGUGAGCUGGUCAGCGGACCACAGGGUCGUGGAUGGAGUAACAAUGGCGAAAUUUUCAAACAACUUGAAAAUGUAUCUCGAAGAUCCUUACAAACUACUUUUAGAUAUUUAG